AACGAUCCUGACCAAUCAAUCAGGAGUAGCUGGCUAUUGCUAGUUGAGGGCAAAUCUACUCUUGUAAACAAAUUUCUCGACAAAAAUGAAGAAGCCAAGGAGACCAUAGCUUUGGAGUACGUUUAUGCGCGAAGGACAAGAGGAAACAACAAAGACGUCUGCCAUAUCUGGGAGCUUGCAAGCGGAACUAAACUUGCACAACUCCUCGCAGUUCCUCUCGUCAAAGAGAAUAUCGAAUCGACUUCAGUCGUUCUUGUGCUGGAUCUGACUCGCCCCUACGAACUGUGGAUCACUAUGGAAGCUCUUAUGUCUGCUGCUUCCCGCUACGCCGAAGCAGCCAUCAGAAAUCUCGAUGACAGAGGACAAAUGGCGAUUAAAAACCGGUUAACAGCUAGGAUGCUCGACUAUAAAGAAGAUGCGAAAAUGUGCUCCCCGUUUCCAAUUCCACUUGUCAUUGUUGGCACGAAGUACGAUGAAUUCCAGUUUUAUUCGUGUUACAAUGAGCAACUGGUGAAAAUAGGAAGAAGUUGGUUCAGUCAUUUGGCUUUCGGUACUUCCAUUUUCAAAGGGAAAAUCGACGACCACAAUAAACCAAUCUACAUCGUCUGUGGGAUGGAUACUUUCGAGUCAAUCGGACCACCACCGAUUGAUACCGCUUCUUUUUCUCGAGCUGGACAACCAAUCAAUCUGUGGAAAAACGCUUUUUGCGACCACUUUGAGCAGAAGGAUCGUGACAUAACGGACAAAUCCACUGAUGACCAGCAGUUGUUCCGAGAACCCGCUAUCGACAACUUAGUAGCUCAGCGAGAAAAGGAUCUCGAAGUCUACAUUAAACAGAAGAAGGAUCGACAAGCCGCAGAGGCACGCGCAGCACAGAAGUUAACAUCGGUCUAG